CAGAUCAGUUUGUCACCACCCAGGCUCCCUAGCCUUUGGCUGGGUGCAACUUCCAUUUUAGGUGUUGGAUCUGAGAGAAAAAAAAGAGGGAGAGAGAGAAAGAAGACCAGGAAAGAUCCUGAAAGGAGGAAGAGGUGGCGAAAAAAUCAACUGCCUUGCUGGAUUUGUCUUUCUCGACACAUUGACGAAGCCUUGGGUUUCUUUCUGAAAGGACUGGUUUUUACAAGUCCACAUUUGAGCUCUCUCCUUCCUGCUUCCUCCUUGCUGUGGUGGCUGGGAUGCUUCUCCCAUGAUUUUCUGAAUCUAAACUGGGCUCUCUGUUAAAACAGUCACUUACGAACUUCUCUUAACAGUGUGAAGUGAGGGGGGCCUUCUCCCUCCUUCCUCCUCCUUCUGUGAUCCACCUUCCUUUUUACCCUGCCCUGCGGCGGCUCUGCCCCUUACCUUCAUGGACGACUCAGAGGUGGAGUCGACCGCCAGCAUCUUGGCCUCUGUGAAGGAACAAGAGGCCCAGUUUGAGAAGCUGACCCGGGCGCUGGAGGAGGAACGGCGCCAUGUCUCGGCGCAGCUGGAACGCGUCCGGGUCUCUCCACAAGAUGCCAACCCACUCAUGGCCAACGGCACCCUCACACGCCGGCACCAGAACGGCCGGUUUGUAGGCGAUGCUGACCUUGAGCGACAGAAAUUUUCAGAUCUGAAACUCAACGGACCACAGGAUCACAGUCACCUUCUCUAUAGCACCAUCCCCAGGAUGCAGGAGCCAGGGCAGAUUGUGGAGACUUACACGGAGGAAGACCCUGAGGGAGCCAUGUCUGUUGUCUCUGUGGAGACCUCAGACGAUGGUACCACUAGGCGGACAGAGACCACAGUCAAGAAAGUAGUGAAGACUGUGACAACACGGACAGUACAGCCAGUCCCUAUUGGGCCAGACGGACUGCCUGUGGAUGCCUCAUCAGUUUCUAACAACUACAUCCAGACUCUGGGUCGUGACUUCCGUAAGAAUGGCAAUGGGGGACCUGGUCCCUAUGUGGGGCAAGCAGGCACUGCUACCCUUCCCAGGAACUUCCACUACCCUCCUGAUGGAUAUAGCCGCCACUAUGAAGAUGGUUAUCCAAGUAGCAGCGACAACUACGGCAGUCUGUCCCGGGUGACCCGCAUUGAUGAGCGGUAUAGGCCCAGCAUGGAAGGUUACCGGGCACCUAGUAGACAGGAUGUCUAUGGGCCACAGCCCCAGGUUCGGGUAGGUGGGAGCAGCGUGGAUCUGCAUCGCUUUCAUCCAGAGCCAUAUGGUCUAGAGGAUGACCAACGUAGCAUGGGCUAUGAUGACCUGGAUUACGGCAUGAUGUCUGAUUAUGGCACUGCCCGUCGGACCGGGACACCAUCUGAUCCUCGCCGACGCCUCAGGAGCUAUGAAGACAUGAUUGGGGAGGAGGUGCCAUCAGACCAGUACUAUUGGGCUCCUUUGGCCCAGCAUGAACGGGGAAGUUUAGCAAGCUUGGAUAGCCUGCGCAAGGGAGGGCCCCCACCCCCCAAUUGGAGACAACCAGAGCUGCCAGAGGUGAUAGCCAUGCUAGGAUUCCGCUUGGAUGCCGUCAAGUCCAAUGCAGCUGCAUACCUGCAACAUUUGUGCUACCGCAAUGACAAGGUGAAGACUGAUGUCCGGAAGCUCAAGGGCAUCCCAGUACUGGUGGGGUUGUUAGACCACCCCAAAAAGGAAGUGCACCUUGGCGCCUGUGGAGCUCUCAAGAAUAUCUCCUUUGGGCGGGACCAGGAUAACAAGAUUGCCAUAAAAAACUGUGAUGGUGUUCCUGCCCUUGUGCGAUUGCUCCGAAAGGCUCGUGAUGUGGACCUCACGGAAGUCAUUACUGGAACCCUGUGGAAUCUCUCAUCCCAUGACUCAAUCAAAAUGGAGAUUGUGGACCAUGCACUGCACGCCUUGACAGAUGAAGUGAUUAUUCCACAUUCUGGCUGGGAGCGGGAACCUAAUGAAGAUUGUAAGCCACGCCACAUUGAGUGGGAGUCAGUGCUCACCAACACAGCUGGCUGCCUUAGGAACGUCAGCUCGGAGAGGAGUGAGGCUCGCCGGAAGCUUCGGGAAUGUGAUGGUUUAGUGGAUGCCCUCAUUUUCAUUGUUCAGGCCGAGAUUGGGCAGAAGGAUUCAGACAGCAAGCUUGUGGAGAACUGUGUUUGCCUUCUUCGGAACUUGUCAUACCAAGUCCAUCGGGAGAUCCCACAGGCAGAGCGUUACCAAGAGGCACCUCCCAAUGUUGCCAACAAUACUGGGCCGCAUGCUGCCAGUUGCUUUGGGGCCAAGAAGGGCAAAGAUGAGUGGUUCUCCAGAGGGAAAAAACCCACAGAAGAUCCAGCAAAUGACACAGUGGAUUUCCCUAAAAGAACCAGUCCUGCUCGAGGCUAUGAGCUUUUAUUUCAGCCAGAGGUGGUUCGGAUAUACAUCUCACUCCUCAAGGAGAGCAAGACUCCUGCCAUCCUAGAAGCCUCAGCUGGGGCUAUUCAGAACUUGUGUGCUGGGCGCUGGACAUAUGGUCGAUACAUCCGCUGUGCUCUGCGUCAAGAGAAGGCUCUUUCUGCCAUUGCUGACCUCCUGACCAGUGAACACGAGAGGGUCGUGAAAGCUGCAUCGGGAGCACUGAGGAACCUGGCUGUGGAUGCUCGCAACAAAGAGUUAAUCGGUAAACACGCUAUUCCUAACUUGGUAAAGAAUCUGCCAGGCGGGCAACCAAGCCCUUCCCAGAGUUUCUCUGAGGACACCGUGGUCUCCAUUUUGAACACCAUCAAUGAGGUUAUUGCUGACAACUUGGAGGCUGCCAAAAAGCUUCGAGAGACACAGGGUAUUGAGAAGCUGGUGUUGAUCAACAAAUCAGGGAACCGCUCAGAAAAGGAAGUUCGAGCAGCAGCACUUGUAUUACAGACAAUCUGGGGAUAUAAGGAACUGCGGAAGCCAUUGGAAAAAGAAGGAUGGAAGAAAUCAGACUUUCAGGUAAAUCUAAACAAUGCUUCUCGAAGCCAGAGCAGUCACUCAUAUGAUGAUAGCACUCUUCCGCUCAUUGACCGGAACCAGAAGUCAGAUAAGAAACCCGAUCGGGAGGAAAUUCAGAUGAGCAAUAUGGGAUCAAACUCAAGGUCAUUAGAUAACAGCUAUUCCACAAUGAAUGAGAGAGGGGAUCACAGUAGAACACUGGAUCGAUCAGGGGAUCUAGGCGAAAUGGAGCCAAUGAAGGGAACACCCCUGAUGCAGGACGAGGGACAGGAAUCUCUGCAGGAAGAGUUGGAUGUGUUGGUUUUGAAUGAGGAGGGGGACCAGGUGUCUUACCCCCCCAUGCAGAAGAUUUAGCACCACUAUCUUCGCUACGUCUGGGCGUAUAAUAUAUGUACUUUUAUUCGGUGGUGAAAUGGACUGACGAUUUUCCCCUUUCUUCGCUGGACUAUUGUGCCAACUGCCAGGCUGCCUCCUCCCCUUAUAGCCCUAAGUGGCUGCCUUCUUUCCAUCGACUCCUAACUUCUUCCAAUGAAGUUUAAUUGUCCUUCCUCCCCACUCCAGAUCCUCUCCAAUUGUUCCCAAGAACCCUGACUCUGUUAUAUGCAUAUCUUGAGAAACUGCUGCAGAUUAGCUCUUUCUGCCAGCUCUCCCUGGAACUCUUGGCCUGUGUGGAGGGAGGGAGAGAGAGUGGGAGUCUUCACUGGAAGCUGUGGGAAGAAUCGGAAGUCACAUGCUACAUAUGCAUCAUGCAACAAUCUGAUAAAUCGAUGAUUCUUAAUCAAGACCUUUUUUCCUGAUGGGACUUUCUGUUUUGUUUUUGUUCUUAUUUGUUUUGUUUUGCUUUCGGAUAAUGGGAAGUGUGUGCCCUUCCCUUAUUCCUAAUGACUAUUUUUGAAGCAAAGAAGGCUGGCAACAUUGGCAUAUACCAUCUGGCAAGGGCCCUUGAGUAAGUGAAGGUCUCUUAGAACUGACAUAAGAAACUUGGUUCUCCUCAUCUCCAGGGCAGGGACCAUCAAGGACUUACAGACUCCAUCUCUUUUCCAAGCCUCGUGCCAACCCUGGGGGGCUGCAGCUGCCCCUUACCGAGGCCGUCCUUAACCCUCCCCUCCCAUCCUGUGAUAGUGUCUGCUAACUUGGCUUGGCCAUUUGCAAGGGGCUGUAAAAAGAGGAGAAUGUAUUAAGGAAGACUAUUUGGGUGAGAUGGAGCAGAAAGAUGUUUUCUGGGGAGGAGAAGGAACCUCUAGGAGGAGCUAGUAGGAAUGUACAUGAAUCGGUUAGUCUGAAACUGGCAGGAAGCUUCAAAGCUGGCUUCCCCUCUCCCCUGUUUCUCCUUUUGUCACCCUUAUAGCCCUGGCCUUCCUGCCUGCUCCCUGGAUUGGUUGGCUGACUAAAGGACUUGGUGUACAUACUUCUGCCCCCUUUACCCUAAAAGGUGGGGGUCACCCCUGGCUUUGCCUCUCCUUUGUGCCUUUGGCCUGGGGUGCAUCUCCUCCUUCCCUUCCAUGUGCCUUCCUUUGCCUCUGCAUUCUCAUUUUUCAUGAUUUUGCAAAUUAUAUUUUGUUGAUUCUUACCCACUCUUGGCCCUAAAUAGCAGGAAGAAGAGGAGAGGUGACCUAGAGACCCUCAGAUUCUCCAUUGGGAAUUGGUGUAGCCUCUAAUUUCAGCCAUAGCAAGUUUUUGCUCAACAGUAUAUAGUUGGGAUUUUGCAAAAAUCCUAUUCUUGAUGACUCUUAAACGAGGUUGGUGGGAGGAGUGAGUGGUAUGAUCCUUAGUUACCCAGAGUGGACCGUCAUCUCUGAAGGGGUUGUAGGGGAGUCAUGCCUGCCCCCAUCCCCAAACACCUCCUCCUUUCAGUUUAGUGUAUAUUAGCUGGUUGGGCUAGAGGACUCAGCUGCUAUGCUGGUUGAUUUUUUUUAAAUCCCUUUCCUUACUUGCUUUUGACUCCACCCCUUAAUCUAAAAGCUCUGUAUAGUGCAAACUGGAAAUCCUCCUUCUUCUCUCUCCCCUCCCCUUAUCUAAUAUAUGGAGCCUGUGGGGUAGGAGAAAAGCACCCAACCCACUGGCCCCUUCCCCUUCCCCUAUGCAUUAAAAUCCUUUACUGUUUUCUACCUUCCCAUUUCUUUUCACUCCUUUUCUGGCAAAAAGGAGCCUUUUCCCCCCUGACCCUCAGAACAUACUGCACAGGGGACGCUGCCCCGCCCAGACAUGUCCCCACUCUUGUUUCUCUUGUCCUCUCUGCUCUUUUGCUGGUGCUCUUUUUCUUGGUGGGGUGUGGGUGAUAGAACAGCCAUGGGCUUUUGGGGACCUUUAACUGUCUUUUUUUUUUCCCCGUUUAUAGAAACACUAAACAUCCAACUCCAGAAAACCAAAAAUUGUAUCUUCCCACUGAACACUACUAAGGGGCAUGUCUUCUGCUCCAUACUUUUCCUGUUUUUCUUUCUGUCUUGUUAAUGCUUUUAAAAACAAAUGAGUUUUUUAUAUAAAUAAAGUUUUUAAAGUGUGUAUGUGGGGGGUCUGUGUCAUUUCUUCGCUUCAAGUUAUAUCUAUCUCUUCCCUCCUUUUCGUCAUGGCUAUUUUCUCAUGUAUCGGUGUUCGUUUUCUCUCCAGAGCACAAAGAAGGGGCUGUAUACCAGGAUGGAUUUCUUUUAAACUCAAUCCCAGCUUUAUGAAGCAACAUUGUUAUAAAUUACAUAUGAAACGUUUUUCCUCUGAAGAUUCUUAAAAAUUAAAUGUGACUAAGUAGAGCACAGGAAACUUAACUGCUAUAGGAAAACGAAGUAUAAAGAAUUAAUGACUUUCUUAGUCAUGGGGAUUCUUUGGCAAUAUUAACAAUUAAGGUUGAACAAAGUCCAUUGCAGUACAAGGCCCUCUUGAACAUGACAUUUAUGGGUAGAAGAUGAGAAGCUACCAAUUCCACUGCCUUUCCAAUAAAUAAGUGUAGAAUUAAAAGGCUCAUGUACAGAAGUGCUAACAACUGAGCCAUACUGUUGCUUCUCAGUCUUUCUGCAACCCUUUAGAAGACAAAGGACAGGCCUCUGGUUUUCUCGGUGUCCUACCAAAUAUAUGAGUGGGCAGUAAAUAUUGGUUGGAUCACUGGGGAUUGUCUUUACUACAGAGAUCAAGGAUUAAGACCUAUGGAGAGAGACUUAUUUUUCCGGGGCCCGUAUUUCCUGUUCUAUAAUAAAAAGACUUGGGGAUUUAUGUAAAAUGUUUCUGUAUGCCCAAUCUUUAGAUUAAAAAUAUAUAGCUGCUUCUGA